CUUCCUGUUUCUUCUGCGCGUGUGCAACCGGAACGUUCGCGAAAAUUCCUAAAGCGGAACCGGCGGUUUCCGGAAGACGCCAGCGUCUGGGUCCGUGACACAGGUGCUCGUGGUGUCUUGUCUUGGUCUUCAGCGUGUUGCCUCACCUGCAACCCGGCAUGGCGCUGCUGUGUUACAACCGCGGCUGUGGGCAGCGUUUCAACCCUGAGGCCAACGCGGACGAUGCCUGCACAUACCACCCAGGUGUUCCCGUCUUCCAUGAUGCACUGAAGGGUUGGUCUUGCUGUAAGAGAAGAACAACUGAUUUUUCUGACUUCUUAAGCAUUGUAGGCUGUACAAAAGGUAGGCAUAAUAGUGAGAAGCCACCUGAACCAGUCAAGCCCGAAGUCAAGACUACUGAGAAGAAGGAACUAUCUGAAUUAAAACCCAAAUUUCAGGAGCAUAUCAUUCAAGCCCCUAAACCAGUAGAAGCAAUAAAAAGGCCAAGCCCAGAUGAACCAAUGACAAAUUUGGAGUUAAAAAUAUCUGCUUCCCUAAAACAAGCACUUGAUAAACUUAAACUGUCAUCAGGGAAUGAAGAAGAUAAAAAGGAAGAAGACAGUGAUGAAGUUAAGAUUGGGACCUCUUGUAAAAAUGGAGGGUGUUCAAAGACAUACCAGGGUCUACAAAGUCUAGAUGAAGUCUGUGUCUAUCAUUCUGGAGUGCCUAUUUUCCAUGAAGGGAUGAAAUAUUGGAGCUGUUGUAGAAGAAAAACCUCUGAUUUUAAUACAUUCUUGGCCCAAGAGGGCUGUACAACAGGGAAACAUGUGUGGACAAAAAAGGAUGCUGGGAAAAAAGUUGUUCCAUGUAGACAUGACUGGCACCAAACUGGGGGUGAAGUCACCAUCUCAGUAUAUGCUAAAAACUCACUUCCAGAACUUAGCCAAGUAGAAGCAAAUAGUACAUUGUUAAAUGUACACAUUGUAUUUGAAGGAGAGAAGGAAUUUCAUCAAAAUGUGAAAUUAUGGGGUGUGAUUGAUGUUAAGCGAAGUUAUGUAACUAUGACUGCAACCAAGAUUGAGAUCACCAUGAGAAAGGCUGAACCCAUGCAGUGGGCCAGUCUUGAACUGCCUACAACCAAAAAGCAGGAGAAACAAAAAGAUAUUGCAAAUUGAUUGGAAGAGAAACAGAAAGCUAUUGUCUGUUGCAGAGUUCUUAAUGUGUGGUGAAGUAGUAGCUUGCUGAUAUAAUCUUUGUUUUUGAAUGUGGCAUUUUAGGGUCAUCAUGAUGUUCUUAAAAGCCAAAGUCAGUUAAAUUUUUGUGCCUCCCAUUUUCUUUGGAGUUCCAAAUGUCAGUUAUUCAUUUCUCCUCACUAGUAGGACCAUAAUUGUUACCCCAUACUUGAGGAAGCGGGAAAAGAACCCAUAAACAUGAUUGCAAGAAUCUUAGGCUAAACGAUUCUAGGCAGAGAAAGAAAAGGGGACAUUGUUGUUUUUGUUUGGUUGGUUGGUUGGGUUUUGUUUGUUUGUUUGUUACGUUUUGCUUUGUUUUUCCCUGAUAUCCCUGUUAUCCCAUACCUUAGGUAAAGCAAGGUCAAAUUUGAAUUGGUUUUCUAUGGACUUCUGUUCCUACAAUACUUGAAAAUCUUUAAGAAAAAGGUGAAAAUUCUAGUAGUAUUUUUUCCUGCGAGGUGGUUACUUUUUCUAGGACUAAUUUUGAAGCAGUUCAGUAGAUAAAGAAGGAUGCAUACACUGACUAGAAAAUUAUGUUUGCAGUUAAUUUAAUUUCAAAAGAUUACUUCAAUACCCAUAUUACUUGCCAAGCAGUAUAAUUUGUAGGGAACAUAAUUAAGAUUACAGAAUUAUUAAUUUGGUUAAAAUUCACCAUUUCAUAAGGAUAGGCAAUAAUGUUUAAAAAUCACAUAAAAGUCUUUAUGGUGUUUUGACUAAAUUGUGCUUGAUUUAUAGUCUAAACCGUUAGUGAUUAUCUGGUGUCCCUCAUGAAAAACUCUAUCUUUGAAAUUAUAAACCUAAAACUUUGUUGAAAUUCAUUAAGGUGUAUCUGUUGGGGUUUGAAUCUGGAACACCCCUACACAGGCUCAUGUUUUGAGCUCUUGGUCCUCAGUUUAUGGCACCAACUUGAAAGCUGUGGUGCCUUUAGGAGGUUGGGCUGGACCUUUGAAGAUUCUACACCCUGCUAGCCUGGUUUCCUAGCUUUCUGGUCAGGGCCAUAGAAAGAAUCUGUGUCUUAUGUUCCUGCCACUGUGCCUUCUGGGCAAUGAUGGACUAUACCCUCUGAAACCAUGAGCCAAAAUAAACUUUUCUUCCCUUAAGUUGUUUCUGUUACAUGCUUUGGUCAAGGCAGCAAAAAAAUUAGUGCACUGUAGGAAAACUAAAAGCAUAAACUGUACUUUAGGGUACCUGUUACCAUUAAGUAAAUAUGGUAGCUUAAGUCUUUGGAUUUAUUUAAGGCUUUCAUGAAGAGUGACAGUUUUACUGAUAGUGUUAGUUACAUAUUGUGCUUCUUGAAUUAAUUAUAGAUGAUACAGAAUUUCUUAUUUAUGCCUGUUGGAUCCAUUAAUGAAUAAGUUAUUUUUUGAGGCAGAUCUCGAGGAAAAAACUAAAAUGUUAUAAAGGCCAAAACUCUGUCAGAACAUAAUAAAUUUCCAUAUUAAACGUAUAUAGGUAAAAAAUGAAAGCAAAAGGUAUUUCCUUACCAAACCUUUUGUUAUUAAUGGAAUUCUUACAAAGAAGUUUUCAUUAUGGCCAAAGUACUAUUUUAAUAAAUAAAUGUAUAUAUCAUUCUAGUAUUGGCACAUAAGUGUUAAAGAUAUUAUCUAGCUCUGCAACAGUUUAAAAAAAAAAUCUUGCUGUCAAGCUUUGAUGAUGAAGGAACAUGGCAAAAAAUUUGGGGCAAUAAUACGUGGAUCCAAAUAGAACCCCUGUCUAGUUAAAGGUUCAUUUAGAAGCAUGAGAUUUUGCUUACAAUUUGAAGAAAGAAGUUGAAACAGUUUGAUUCACAAUACUAAUUAUACCUUUUUUAUCACUUCUUUCUUAAGGCUGUUUCCCCAUGAACAGUAUCUAAUCGGUUGGGAUGGCACUAUUAAAGUGAAAUGUUCUAACUUCAGACUUUGCUGCACUGCACUAUUUUAUUUUUUAAUACUGCUGUGUAAUAUCUUUAAUUUGUGACCAUUUAAUUUGCUUUAUUUUAAGAACAUCUAAAUGUUGCUCAGAUAAAAAAUUAAGUGAAAUUUAUACUUAAAUGAUAUUUGUUGGAAAGAAUGUUUUACUGUCAGUUUGUUAAGAAAAGUUAAUAAAAAUACUUGUUAUCUAAGAACUUAUUUCCAUAGAUACAUAUUUUUUCUUAAUAAUUAACUGUACCAAAGCAGUUAAAACUAGAUACAUACUUUGAGAAACUUAAAAUAUUUAUCUUGCAUAGCUGUUUUACUUCUACAAAGGAAGUAAUAUCCUAAGUUGACCUUUUUUAAUCUCUUAUUUUGAGACCAUUUUAUGCUAGCAGAAUUAUAAAAAUAGUACAAAUGCUUUAUACUUAGUAUAUAUCCUCCCCCCCACCCCAUGUUAGAAUCUUGCAUAAUUGUAGAAUGUUUACAAAACUAAGACAUUAGCCUUGGAAUGACAUAUUAAAGAAGAAUGUUAAAUUUUAGCUAUUUUUAGUGGAACUUUCAAUGGGUAGUUCUUGAGACCUAUCUUGCUUAACCAGUAGCACAAUUAAAGCAUGAAUUGAAAUCAGAUGUCUGUGGAUAAUGUAAAUUUUGAAGCAACUCUACUAGCGAUAGACUUCCUGUUUUAUCAUUUAUAUUUUAUGCUAGGAAUUUUAAUCUUUAUUAAGUAUGGCUUUUUGGUGUUCUUUAAAUAAAUUGUUCAUUAGAGUGAAGAGGACCAUUAAAACAUUUCUUUCAAAUAUCUUGAAGGACUGUUGAGAGACUGUUCUUAACCCCCUUGUUAGUAAAGAUUACUCUGGGGGAGCCCUUACUUUUGGGGGCGGGUAUCUUAUUUUUUUGAGACAGGGUCUCUCUCUAGCCCCAGCCGACCUGGAAUUCACUGUGUAGACCAGGCUGGCCUUGAGCCUAACAGAGAUCCACCUUCCUCUGCCUCCCUAGUGCUGGGAUUAUUAAAGGCAUUAAAAGGCAUGCAACCACCAGGUCUGUUGAGCCCUUGCUGUUCUUGUGAAAGAUCUGAGUUUGCUUUCCAGAACCUAUGCUUGGCAGCACACAGCCACCUCUUCCAGUCCCAGGGCAUCUGACACCCUCUUCUGGCCUCCAUGGGCACACACACACACACA